UCCUACGUUGUGGAGGUGUAUGUGGCAGUUGAAAACAAAAUAACAACAACCUACAUGAACUACGUGCCGACGACAUAUACUGGCAACAAAAGACAACUGGCUCAAGACAACAUUAGCAAAGAUGUGCAGUACGCCUUGGCUGAGGUGAACAAGCUUUUGUCUACCUUGAGUCUCUAUGGAUUAAACGUUGACCUACGUUUACGUAAACUUGACUUUUUGACGACUGAUGUACUCACCACCUACAUGACCGGCACCACCAACACCGUCAACAGCGCCUCUGGUAAAAUCACCUUCCAGACCUGGCUCCUACAGACUGCCGCCUUCACCACCUACAGCUACGAUUUUGCUCUGCUGCUUACUGGAGCGAAUCUGUAUGGCACUGGUGGUUCCACGGAGUCUAGUAACACCAACAUUGGCUCCGUGUGUAACGGUGUGUCCGCUGUGUCCAUAGCAGAGUUCCAGGGAACAUACCGUGACGUUGUUUCUCUUGCCCACGCUAUUGGCUUCAUGUUGGGUGCCAACAACGACGACGCCACAUCCACCUACAUCAUGUCGCCCUACAACUACGCGACACAGCCCAACCGUUGGAGCUACUCCAGCAUCACAGCAGCAUACAUGAAGCUUUUCUUUAGCCAGCUCUCCCCCAACUGCCUGCUAACCACCAACAGCCAGUCCACCAGACUGACCGUCUCCUAUGGUACCUACACAGGUGAUGAGCUUAACCCUGACAUCGUCUGCCAGAGGGCAUUGGGCACUAAACAGACGUCAUUCUGCCGGACCCUGAGCCCACUGAAUGGUGACGCCGUCUGCUCACAGAUCUACUGCCGUGUACCUGGUACCCAGACCUGCACCGCCAUCUUUCCCUCUGAUGGGACCCCAUGUAACAGACAAAAGAGAUGUAACUCAGGCACAUGCCAGCCCGACUCUACUGCAGCUACACAAAACCUUGACCCCAACUGUGUGUGGGGUGACCAGACCACUCUGGAACUACCGUCCGUCCCCUACGUUGGAAGCUGCCCAGGGUUCGUUGCCCUCUACAAACCCAUCAACUGCUACGUCACAUCACUACAACAGCAGUGCUGCGGCACGUGCAAGCAAUACUACACUGGACGUGUUGGAUGUGAGUAUGGCGACAAAUCCCUGAGCUGCACGAAAUACACCAAAGCUUCAGUCUGCCCCACCUACGGGAACACCCUCUGCUGUGGCUACUGCUAUGGCUAUAUGGGCAAGCGUUCUAUUCUUGACGGUAUCGGUCAACCACCAAUAAACAUCACCCUCACCCCACCCGUAAACCCACGGGGAAUUAUAGGACAGGAGCAUAAGGACAGGAUCAGUGGACCUCAUUAGAUGGUCGUUAGUCGACCUAAUUAAAAUGGUCAUUAGUUGACCUGAAUUAUCUAGCCAUUAGUGACUAAAUACAAAAUGUAGCUCUCUUUUAACCUCAGUAUGUAGUGUUGUAGUAUAGUAGCGAUAGCAUAAUCUAGUAUUGAAAUUAAAUAUGCUGUUAUAAAAAGUUACAGGUAAAAAUAGCUUCAUUGAUUUCUCAAUUACAAUUAAUCACAAUACUCAGAUUUAUAAAUAGAGUAUUUUAAAAUUUAAUUUAUGGAUCUGGCUUACUCUGAAUUUAACAACAGUGAAAUGAAAACGCCUUUUUUAAAAAUUAUUUUAACAUUAAAAAAACCGCUAGAGAUAGUUUAAGGUUGGUUUUUUUUCAGCUUUUACCUACAUGUAAUUUUAUAAAUAUAUAUUUUGUAAUACUUUUAAUA